AUGAAUUGUCCAUUUCUGCUGGGACUCUGGUCUGCACUCAUUUUGUUACAAGCACAGUCAAGAGAGAUAUUGUAUCCCUUCUGGCAAAAUGAUACCAAAACUCCAAAGGUGGAUGAUGGAAGCUCAGCAGAAAUUAAACUGUCCAUACCUUUUAUAUUUUUUGGGGUCCCAUACAGAACACUUUAUGUUAACAACAAUGGUGUGAUUUCAUUCAAUGUUCUUCUUAGCCAGUUUACCCCAGAAGCAUUUCCUUUAUCAGAUGGACGAGCCUUUAUUGCACCUUUUUGGGCUGAUGUCCACAAUGGGAUCCGUGGGGAGAUCUACUAUAAGGAAACUACAGAUCCUGCAAUGCUGAAGAAAAUAUCCAAGGAAAUCAGAAAGCACUUUAGGAACCUUCCAUAUUUCACAGCCACCUGGGUGUUUUCGGUCACAUGGGAUGAGGUUACCUUCUAUGGUGGAAGCAGCACAACACCUGUGAAUACAUUUCAAGCUCUGCUGAUUUCAGACGGGGCAUCCAGCUUUUCCAUGUUUAACUAUGCAGAGAUCACUUGGACCACAGGAACAGCAAGUGGAGGGGAUCCUCUCACUGGUCUUGGUGGCGUGAUGGCUCAGGCUGGAUUUAAUGGAGGCAAUGGAACAAAUUUCUUCAGUGUCCCUAGCUCCCGUUCUCCUGAAAUUGUGAACAUUGAAGAAACUACAAAUGUGAAUGUUCCUGGUCGUUGGCUUUAUAGGAUAGAUGGAAAAGAGAUUGACCCAGCUAAUGGCUGCAGCCUAAAAGGGAACUUUUUGCGGCAAGGAGAAUCGUUCUGGGAAAGUGCAAAUUGCUCCAUGCGAUGUCGAUGCUUGGAUAUCAAUAAUGAGAUUUCCUGUCAAGAAUCAGUCUGUGGCCCAUAUGAAGUCUGUGAACCCAAGGAUAAAUUUUUCCAGUGUCUCCCUGUAGAGAGCAGCACUUGUGUGGUCUUUGGAGAUCCUCACUACCACACAUUUGAUGGACUCUUAUUCCACUUUCAGGGCUCGUGUUCUUACCUCCUAGCUAGGCACUGCUGGCCUGGCAAUCACCUCCCAUUCUUUAGUGUGGAAGCCAAGAAUGAGAACCGUGGAGGCUCAUCAGUUUCAUGGCUGAAAGACAUCUCUCUGGAGGUCUAUUCAUACAAUAUUGUUAUUCCUAAGAACAGCUUUGGGAAAGUAAAGGUAAACAACUUGAUAUUUUCCCUCCCAGUCAAUCUAGAAUAUGGCGCUAUUAAAAUUUAUCAAAGUGGCUUAUCAACUGCUGUAGAAACGGACUUUGGCCUUCUGGUGAUGUAUGAUGGACAACAUUAUGCUUCUAUAUCAGUGCCAGGGACCUACAUUAACUCUACUUGUGGAAUGUGUGGGAACUAUAACAAAAAUCCGACAGAUGACACUCUUCGAUCUGAUGGGAGACCAGCUGUAUCAGUAGUAGAUUUAGGGGAGAGCUGGAGAGUUUACCACCCAGACUGGAGAUGCUCUCCUGGGUGUUUAGAUAACUGCAGUUCAUGUGAUGCAACAACAGAAUCACUUUACUUUUCCUCGGAAUACUGUGGCUUUAUAAAUAUGACAGGAAGUCCUCUCUGGGAAUGUGGCUCAGUGGUGGACCCUACUGCAUUUGUUCAUAGCUGUGUUUAUGACCUGUGUGGUUCUGGUGACAAUGGCACCAGUUUUUGUCAAUCGAUCCAAGCAUAUGCCCUUGUAUGCCAAGCUUUAGGAAUUCCUGUGGGUGACUGGAGGACACAGACUAGUUGUGCCUCGGCCGUGCAGUGCCCUGAAUUCAGCCAUUAUUCAGUUUGUACCAGCAGUUGUCCUGCUACUUGUGCUGACAUCAUAGCACCCUUAUACUGCAACAGCCCCUGCACUGAAGGUUGUGAGUGUGAUGAAGGUUAUGUACUCAGCGCUGAUGCAUGUGUCCCAGUAAGCAAAUGUGGCUGUGAAAUGGAUGGGAAAUACUACAUGGUUGGAGAUUCCUUCUGGACCAGUGCAGAUUGCACUGUUCAGUGUUGGUGUGAAGAUGGUGGGGAUGUGUCUUGCUUUAACAACACUUGUCGGGAUGGGGAGAUAUGCUCCAUAGAGAAUGGAUACCAAGGCUGCUACCCUAGAAGAGAGAGUGUAUGUCUAAUCAGUCAAAACCAAGUGAUACAUACUUUUGACUCAGUAACUUUUCCCUUCCCUCUGGAUUAUUCAUACACAUUGGUGAAGACAUGCCCAGAAAAAGCUGAGUUUAUAGAGAUUGACAUCAGCAAAAAGAAACCAGAUUCCAGUCCAAACUGGCUGAGGCCUCUCAGGAUACAGGUGGCCAAACAAGACAUAAGGAUUGGGGGUGGCAGUAAUUCUGAAAUUAAGAUCAAUGGAUUUGAAGUUGAGCUCCCAUUUUACCUACCAUCGGGGGAACUUGAAAUCUACCGCAACAGAAAUGGGACUGUAAUUGAGUCUGAGAGCUACGUUAAGAUCCAGUAUUCAGACCAAGGUCUAAUCCAUGUAACUCUUUCAACUUUUUAUCAUAACUGCACUGGAGGACUCUGUGGCUAUUUUAAUGGGAAUCCAGAUGAUGAAUUUUGCUUUCCAAAUGGGAAAUGUACAGACAACGUGGCCAUUUUCCUAGAGAGCUGGACAACUUUUGAUGAAAUUUGCAACGGAGAAUGUGGAGAUUUACUGAAAGCUUGCAAUAAUGACUCUGAACUUUUGAAGUAUUAUAAGAGCAGGUCCAAAUGUGGAAUUAUUAAUGAUCCAACUAAUAGUUCCUUUCUGGACUGCCAUGCUGUAGUUAAUGUGUCUGCUUACUACAGGACAUGUCUCUUCCGAUUGUGCCAAAGUGGUGGAAACCAGACUGAGCUAUGUGACUCCGUCAGCCGUUAUGCCAUGGCCUGCCAAAAUGCUGCAGUUGAUGUUGGUCAAUGGAGGAGCAAAAGUUUUUGUCCUCUCGUGUGCCCUGAAAACAGCCACUUUGAUGAAUGCAUAACCUGCACUGAAACUUGUGACACUCUUGCCUCAGGACCAGUAUGCUCAGAUAGCUGUACAGAAGGAUGCCAGUGUGAUGAAGGAUUCGCCUUGCGAGGCAGUUACUGUGUUCCAAAGAGUGAAUGUGGUUGCAGUUAUGAAGGCCACCAAGUUUCCACCAAUGCCACUUUUUGGGCGGACCUAGACUGUAAGUCAUUUUGCUACUGUAAUGGAUCAGACAACAGUAUUUACUGUGAAAGUACUCCUUGUAAGGAGGAUGAAUACUGUAUGGAGGACAAUGGAUUAUACUUUUGUCAGCCACGAACAGAUGCAUCAUGCAUUGUUUCUGGAUAUGGCCACUACCUUACAUUUGAUGGAUUGCCAUUUGAUUUCCAAAGCAGCUGCUCCCUAAUUCUAUGUACUACUGCUUCUAACUUUAAGGCAGAUGUCUAUCCAAAAUUCACAGUCACUGCUAAGAAUGAAGACAGAGACCCAUCACUGGCAUUAUGGGUGAAGCAAGUAGAAGUGGAAGUUUAUAAUUACAACAUUAUCAUCUAUCGGGCAUAUAAGCACACAGUCCUGGUAAACAAUGAACGACUGUACUUGCCAUUAAGGCUGGGUCACGGUAAGGUGAAUAUUUUUGCCUUUGGCUUCCACAUUGUUGUAGAAACAGAAUUUGGGCUGAAAGUGGUGUAUGACUGGAAGACAUUCUUGUCUGUGACCAUCCCACGAGCCAUGCAAAACAGCACAUACGGCCUCUGUGGCAGGUACAAUGGCAACAUAGAAGAUGACUUACAGACCUCCAAUGGCUUCGUCAGCACAAAUGUCAAUGAGUUUGGCCAAAGCUGGGUAAAGAGAGAUACUUUUUGCCAAGUUGGAUGUGGAGACAGGUGCCCGACAUGUACCAAGGUUGACGGUUUGUGGAAAGCACAGCAGCUCUGCAGCUUCAUUCCUAACAGAAACAGUGUAUUUGCCAAGUGCCAUAGUAAAGUUAACCCAAGUUUCUUUUUUAAGAACUGUUUGUUUGACUCAUGUAUUGAUGGAGGUGCUGUGCAGACUGCCUGUAGCUGGCUACAGAAUUACGCAAGCACCUGUCAAACCCAAGGAAUUGCUGUCACAGGCUGGAGAAACUACACAUCCUGCUAUAUCACAUGUCCUGCCUAUAGCCAUUAUGAGAGCUGUGUUAGUGUGUGCCAGCCCCGCUGUGCUGCCAUCAGACUAAAAAGUGACUGCAAUCAUUACUGCGUGGAGGGCUGCCAGUGUGACCCGGGAUAUGUCCUGAAUGGAAAGAGCUGCAUUCUACCUCACAACUGUGGCUGUUAUGCUGAUGGCAAAUACUAUGAGCCAAAGCAGCUGUUUUGGAACAGUGACUGUACCAGGCGUUGUCGAUGCUUUGGCAGGAAUCUUAUCCAGUGUGACCCCAGGCACUGCAAGUCAGAUGAAGAAUGUGCACUCAGGAAUGGAGUGAGGGGUUGCUUUACCAAAAAAAGCUCGUACUGCAUUGCUGCUGGAGGCGGGGUCUUCCGAACAUUUGAUGGGGCCUUCCUCCGCUUCCCUGCCAACUGUGCUUUUGUCUUGUCCACCAUCUGCCAGAAAUUGCCAGAUAUUUCCUUCCAGCUGAUUAUUAAUUUCGAUAAGUGGUCAUCCCCUAACCAGACUGUCAUCUCACCUGUUUACUUCUAUAUUAAUGAAGAGCAAAUUCUCAUCAAUGACAGAAACACGGUGAAGGUAAAUGGAACACAGGUGACUGUCCCAUUUGUCACAGGGCUCUCAACUAAAAUAUACAGCAUGGAAGGGUUUUUGGUGAUUGACACAAGCCCUGACAUUCAGAUUUACUAUAAUGGAUUCAAUGUGAUUAAAAUCAGCAUCAGUGAACGGCUCCAAAAUAAAGUCUGUGGCCUUUGUGGGAAUUUUAAUGGUGAUUUAACAGAUGAUUAUGUGACUCUAAGAGGCAAGCCUGUGGUGAGCAGUGUUGUGUUAGCUCAAAGCUGGAAAACCAAUGGCAUGCAAAAAAGCUGUAAUGAACUACAGUACUCCCAGUAUGCAGCAAAAUGUGACAAUGUACAAAUCCAGGCACUGCAGAGCGAUGGCUACUGCCUCAAACUGACUGACAUGAAGGGAUUUUUCCAGCCAUGUUAUGGCCUUCUGGAUCCUGUUCCUUUCUACGAAUCAUGUUUCCUAGAUGGAUGUUAUAACAAUAGAAAGCACCAACUGUGUGGAUCGCUGGCUGCCUACGGAGAGGCUUGCAGGUCCUUUGGUAUUCUCAGCACUGAGUGGAUUGAAAAAGAAAAUUGCUCAGGAGUGAUUGAAGAUCCCUGUGUUGGUGCCGACUGUCCCAACAGAAGCUGUGAAGUGGACAAUGGAGGAGAGUUGUGUGGAUGCAUGGACCCUCCUGCUUAUGGAAAUGACACUCAUGAUAUCAUUGAUGCGGAAGUGACCUGUAAGGCUGCCCAGAUGGAAGUGUCAAUAUCAAAGUGUAAGCUAUUCCAGCUUGGGUUCGAAAGAGAAGGUGUUCGAAUUAAUGACAGACACUGUCCUGGGAUAGAAGGAGAAGAUUUUAUAUCUUUUCAGAUAAAUAAUACAAAAGGGAACUGUGGAAACAUUGUACAGUCUAAUGGUACUCACAUCAUGUACAAGAACACAGUUUGGAUAGAGAGUGCAAACAACACAGGAAACAUAAUUACAAGGGAUCGAACCAUCAAUGUGGAGUUCUCCUGUGCAUAUGAACUUGAUAUUAAAAUCUCUUUAGAUUCUGUUAUAAGGCCAAUGCUCAGUGUCAUUAACCUCACAGUCCCAACUCAAGAAGGCAGUUUCACCACCAAAAUGGCACUAUACAAAAAUGCAUCAUAUAAGCACCCAUACCGUCAAGGAGAGGUGGUGCUUACCACUAGAGAUGUGUUAUUUGUUGGAGUUUUUGUCGUUGGAGCAGAUUCCACCCAUCUGAUUUUGGUUUUGAACAAAUGUUAUGCAACACCAUCACGAGAUAGCAAUGACAAGCUGCGUUACUUCAUCAUUGAAGGAGGGUGCCCAAACAUCAAAGACAACACCAUUGGAAUUGAAGAAAAUGGGAUGUCCCUCACCUGCCGCUUCCAUGUCACUGUCUUUAAGUUUAUUGGCGACUACGAUGAGGUUCAUCUCCAUUGUUCUGUAUCUUUGUGUGAUGCUGAAAAAAAUUCCUGCAGAGUUAAUUGUCCACAGAAUUCCAGGAGUGCCUCAGACCUUACACAAGAUUCAAAGGAGCAAAUCAUUUCGGUUGGCCCAAUUCGAAGGAAACGUCUAGACUGGUGUGAAGACAAUGGAGGCUGUGAACAGAUUUGCACAAGUAGAUUAGAUGGACCACUUUGUAGUUGUGUUACUGGUACUCUACAGGAGGAUGGUCGGAGUUGUAGAGUGUCUAGUUCUUCAGCAGAACGUCAUGGCUGGCUGGUUCCUUUGAUCAUAAAUCAGAUAUCCGUGUGGGUUUUUAUUUAUAAAACCAAACAAUAAAUCAAAAGAAAUUAAAGAUUUUUCUGAUGAAAUAUUCCAAGUCAUUUUUACAGGAAGAUUUAGCACAGGGACCACAACUUUGCACAUUGAACAAGAGAAGAGACAUUCUACAAACUGAUGCUCGGAUAUUUAAUUAAAUACAAUUGGUGUGAUUUCCCAAGUAAUAAAUGGAAAAUCUGUGUAUCCCAUUUAGAAAUGAUAUGGAGAACUGGGUCAAAGCAGGGCAUUAAUAAAACACAUGUAUUUCUGAUGUUUUAAAGGUUGUGAUGCAUUUAGUGGGCCAGCAAAAGGGUUGAGUACAUUUUUAUUUAAAAAGAACUUAUAAGACCAAUAGACAGAUCAUGAUUAUGGAUGUUAAAUAUUGUGAUACAUUCUGCCUUUAUGGCAGUUUUACAUUGGAAGGAUUCCCAUCCUUGAUCAGAUAUGGACAGCAAAGUUCCAUUGCAGAGCCAUCCUGGUUUGCAGGUGCCUUAUUGCAUGCCUCAAAGCCUGAGCUGUUGGGAACCCUGAGGAGCAAUUUUGAGCAGUUAUCAAAUUAUUGUCCUCUGGUAUUAUUGAACAAGAAACCCAUUUAUCAUCUCUUACUAAUUAUCUGAUGGCAAGUGGAGUUGUAGGAGAUAAACCUCUUGUAACCUCCAAACUGCUUUGUUUUAGAACAGUUCAUUUACUGUAGCUACUGUAAAUAAUGGGAAUUAUGGGAAUGAAAACCGAAAGAAAAAAGCGCACUUCUUGAUGCCAACUAUCUAGCAACAAUGACUUCACUCUCACAUACAAUCCCCAUAAUUUAAUAUUGCUGAUUAUUUUAUUGACAAAGGUCCCCAAAAAGGUACAAAAGAAAUUACUAGAAAUAAAAAAAAUGUGCCUUGAAGUGGUUUGCUACAGCAUGUAAAGGAAGGGGUACACUAGUUGAUAAGGAUGGAUAAGUUGAACAGUAGUUAAGAAGGAGACUUCUGAAUAAUUACUGGAAUAAAAAAAUGGGACAUUGUUAGAACUACUAUUAAUGCAGGUACGAUAUGAAUCCAACAGUUUUGUAGGACCAUUUCCAGGGGCCAAAAAAUAUUCCUAUUUGUAAUUUUAUUUACCACUGAAUAGGGAUAUAUUGUAUUACAUAGCAGUUAAAAGAUUCAUUUGGAUGGUAACAAAUGACUAGUGGGAAUACAAUAUUCUUUAAGAUUCUUUUAAGAUUGUUAUGCUGAACAGAAUUGCCAAAUAAGGGUAAUGAGAAGGUAAAUGAUAUGGCUGCACAAGGCUUCUUCCUGCCAUAGAUAUUAAUGGUAAAAAAAUAUUUUAAUAUCAUUAGCAGAUAAUGUAUGAACAUACUCAACUGAGAGUAUUUAUGCUCCUUUUUGUAUCUAAUAAUAUAAAUUAUGAGGAAUAAAAGGGGAGAAAAGAGCAUUUGCUCUAGUUUUUCAGUUGGCCUUUUUGUUUUCUACACCACCCAUAAGUCAUUUUGGUUUGACUUGAAAUAUAUAUAUAUAUUAAAUGAAAUAGAUUAAAGGGUACUUUGCCCUCAUUUUAAGUAACUUUUAUAAAGUAUGGACAUGCCUAAUAAAAGGAAUUGUCAAUGCUUCCCCUUUUGUGAUGGCUGGUGCUUUAUAUCUGCAACAUCUGGAGCACCAAUUUCCCCUGUCCCUAGCUCAUUAAAACAUACUUCCCCUGGUAGUUUUUAUACACGAGGCAAUCAUAUAGCUUGCUGCAGCUGCGGCAUUAACUAUAGACUUCACUAGGCAUCAUCACCCCAAGUGUAUUUAAAUGAAGUCACUGUUGUAUUGAUGUGUAUGGAGAAUGCCUGUUCAAGCAAUAAAGCUCCCACGCAUAUGCAAAUAUUCAGAGGGCCUAUUCUAUGCACGUAACAACCCAUCCUCUCAAAUGCUGUUGCCUAGCUAAUAUAAAUGAACACAACAUAAAGCCUACUUAAGAUUAGGAAUGGAUCCAUUUAAAAAUGAUUUUAAGUUGCUCUGAAUAGUAUGUUUUUGUUUAAUUUACUGAUCCAGUUCUGCAAGCACUUACCAGACUAUUUAUUCCUUCCACAAUACUCUGGCUUUUGUUUUCAGCAUGGUUAGUUAGUGAGUAGUGAACAGCAAGCAAACCCGCUCUUCUACAUAAAAAACACCCAUGCAACUGCACAGUAUGGCACCCUAUUUCUAAAAGAUAUUCUGAGAUUAAAUCUUUCACUUUUAUUAGGAAGGGUUUGACACUUUGUGCCUAGUCAUUUGUCCUUUCUUUUGUGCCAUAUAUUGUAAAUAAUGCUGUCACAUUCAGUAACCCUUGAUUCUGCUCUCAGUACUACAGAUUUGAGUCAUUCAGACCUAUUCUCGCACAGGGUGUUACAUCCAAGUAACAGCAGUGCAUGUUUAAAUAUAUAAAAUAAGGAUGAGAAUAUCAAGCAUAAUUAUGAUUGUUUAAAGUGUUAAGUUAAUAAAAAGAAAGAGCAAAAGUCAA